ACUGACUAUAAAGACGUCUUGUCUUCCUAAUACUUUCCGGAACAAACGUCUAAUCACUAUGAAGCGCUUCUGCUGUAUCGUUUACAUUUAUUUUAAACAAUACUCUAUUUUAACAGUAUAUUUAUAUUUAAUAGUAUAUUUUAGACCGUUAGCUGUCACAACUGAUUUACAUUUCAGUGAAGGAAAUGAACUCAGCACUUCCGCCAGCUGAUGUUGGUUGCGUCAUAUCCUUUUCGACGUUGUCAUGGUAAACAAAAGGGCCGCGGGACGCGUAUGCAUGGAGAAAGCGAUUUAUUGUAAGCAAAUUGACCUCUCACGUUUAUUUACUCUGCGUGCUUUUAAUGUUAAUAUAGUACGCUUGUCUUUGCGAGAGAAACACCGCAAUUUACGUCCAUUAUUUGAAAGUUCGGAGCUUUCGCGAUGACUGUGGCAGAUGAAUAAGAUCUAAUCUAUGUUAUCAAACUAAAUAGUUCACCAGAGUGUUUAGUUAAAGAUGUGAUGAUGGUCUAACUAAGCAAUCCAGAUGGGCAGUCGAGGAGGAUCGCGGAGUUCAGUUCUGGACAGGGCGAAUGCUCAUCUCUCAGGACAGAGGAUUUCCAGCAUCUCUAAAGAGAAAAGAGAUGUGGGAAACUUUAGAACGGCGGGACCACAAAUCAGACAGACUCAGUUUUCAGACCUGAGUGACGUCUCUUCCACCUCACAAAGUAAAAAUCGUGAUGAUCAGUAUGACCUUGGAACUAAGGCAUUGGAGAACUCCAGUAUGGGUGGUGGGAGCCGAUAUCUGAAGAAGACCGCUAGAAAUGCCACCAGAGAGGGUCCUCUUGGUACUCCUGCUGGAACAGACACGCUUAUGUUUAAAGCUCAACGCAUUUCACAGAGCGCGGCUUUGAGCAGACUCUCGCUCAUCGAGAACCGCUUUAGAAACACGAAGGUAAAAGGGGACGGACCUGGUGUCCAGACAGAACCACAGGACGCACAUCUGUCACUGCAGUCCAGCAGCGAUCUGAGCAUGACCGGAAGUCGUUUUUUGAAGAAAAAGAUACCAUCUGAACCUCAAGAGCAGUUGGUUCCACAGAAAACACAGUUGAAUGCUUUUACACGUGGUGUGAUGGAACGUAAAGGAAGGACAUUUAGUCCGGACAGUGAUGAACAAGACAUGCAAAGACUUUUGGGAGAUUCCUUCAGUUUAUCAGAAGAUACCGUGCAAAAACCAGCAAGUCCUCAACUAGUAAAUAAGUUAUACAGGAAGAGCAGUAAAACAUCUAUUAUACCUUCUCCAACUUCUGACGGCCAUGACCGACACAUUCAACCUUCACCAUCACCUAAGUCCUCCAGCAGACCGGUCUCACACAGGGUCGUGUUCGCUGAACAGUCAGUGUCUUCUGAAUCAGACCACAGUGAGAUCAGAUCGCUGGAUGAUCUCUUUCCUGUUGCUGCUGCGUCGGAUUUAGAUGACACUGUGAGCGAGAGGAGUGCUGCGUCUGAUGAUUUUAAACUUCACAUAAUGUCGCUAGAUGAUCUGGCCCCCGUCCUCUCCGAGGUGUCUGAAAUCUUGCCGGACAAGAUUGAAACGAAAGCCAAAACAGAAGACAAUAUCAAAAAGUCACCUAAUAACGUCUCAAUGGUUGGUUCCUCACCUGCACCGGAACAAAUUUCUGCAGCCUAUGAGAGCGAUUUCGAAAGCGAGAUCCCAUUUGAAGAGCCGCUUAGCGCCAGCGAGAUCUCUGAACAUCUCACAGAUGAAGACGGAGACGUGGUCAGCGAGGCUCAGGACAGCUCUUGCAAAUCUCAAGAUGAGGAUGUCACUUUAUCGGGAUCAUCUCGCUCAUCCAGUCGCCAUAGAGUUUCUUACUCAGGAUCUUCAUCACAGACAGGUUCGGAUGAAACGGUGACCCAGUGUCCCAGUCCUGACCGUCAGGUGAAGGAUGCCGCUGUUCAGACUCAGACAGACGGUCUGACGUGGUCAUCAGGCAUGGCUGCUACAGGUCCAUCUCUGGGAAUGACUUAUGUGGAUCCGAUUCCGAUAGCCAGUCACACGGUCAGCGCUGAAGCCAUCGAGAGCCUGACAUCCUACAGUCCCGCCAUGUUAGCUCUGAACGACAUGUUACGACAGCAGUUGGCCCUCAGCGGGGCUUUUAUAGAAUCUACCCGACGUCAUUACACAUCAGUGCUGGAAUCACUGGGUCCUGCCAACUACAAAUACACCACACUAGAGGACACUAAAGAGUUCAUCCGCACUCACAGGCCACCCAAACUGAGCAUUGAAGAAGCUCUACAGGAAGUUUUGAAGGAAAUGAGAGACUAUCAUUACAAUUAGAGUUCAUACAAAAAAAGAACUCGGUCAUUUAUUCUCAGCUUUCUGGAACACAUAAGAUGUUUUAAAAAAUGUCUCUGUUGUUUUGUGUAAAUACAACGAAAGUUAAUGGGGUUCAGUGUUAUUUUGGUCAUCAAAUUAUUUUAUGUUGUGCAGAAGAAACUCAGGUUUGCAAUGACAUGAGGGUGAAUAAAUUGUUGAAUAAACUGUUGAAACUAUAACAAAAACAUUUAGUGGUUUUAAAACCGUGACUUUCCAAUACCUUGAAACCUGUUUUCGGCCCAUGCCUUGUUGAAACACACCCAAAAUACACAAGAAAGUGUAAUGCCAUGAUAUGUGCCUAAUAAAAGUGUAUUUUUCAGUA